AUGGCGGAAAAGGCAGAAGGCGCUGCUUCUCAAAAUAUAUUGUGUCCUUUGUGCCUGGACGUGUUUGAUAAUGCUUCCAUGUUGAUAUGUGGACAUACGUUCUGCAAGCAGUGUUUAGAGAGGUAUGAUGCCGCCCAUCGAGACCUAGAUCACAUGGUGUGUCCUCUCUGCAGGAAAGUCACCAAAUUGGAUGAAAGUCGAGUCCCUGGUCUACCCGCAAACUUCACCGUCAGAGGCUUGGUAGACGAGUACCACGGCUCAAAUGGUGGGAUAAAUGCCGUUCUGGAGGAUCGACCAAAGUGCACUGCUUGUGAGCUCCAGGGAGAUGCUGUAUCCUUCUGCUACGAGUGUGGCACUUACAUGUGCGCCAAGUGUGACCAUGGUCAUAGUCAAAUGACAUCGUUCUUCAAGGGACAUCAGGUUGUGUCCAUAAAAGACGUCGUGGAAGGAACUGCACAUAUCGGGCAAGUCAGAAACAAGUGUUCGGUGCACAAGCAUGAAAACAAGGAUCUUUUCUGCAAAGACUGCAAAGUAUAUCUUUGUCUGAAGUGCAUGAUCGUUGAUCAUCGUGAUCACAACUUCAAAAAUCAGGCUGACGUUGAGAGGGAGAUUCAGCAGAAAGUGGACAAUAUCGUCAAGCGCAGCAGCGAUAGAAAACACGAGUUCGAGAAACAUAUCCAGGACAUUGAAUCCAAACGCCAAAAAAUCUACACGGCUAUCCAAAAGCUGGAAGGUGACAUAGAAGAGGCAUUCAUGGGAAAACUUGACAAACUGAAAGAGAAUAAGCAGUUGCUUAUCACAGAAACACAGCUCCUUCGAGAGAAUUGUGACCAGGAAUGUGAUGCAUUGAAGUCUUGUCAUCGACAUAGGAUCGAGGCUAUUUCAAGCUCUGUGAGCCUCGUGGCCAACGGAAGGUUAAGACAUUUAGAGAAAGACAGGCUGGCGGCGCACUCAGUAAUCUCCAACGAACUAGAAGGUCUCUUGGAGGAAGCUAUUGAUGAGGCAUCUAAUGAAAUCAUAGCGGCGAACAAGAAUGAUCGGAUUCAUAUCUUUGAUCCUACUGCAAGCACGAGAAUGCACUCAAUUGCAGCAGUAGAAAAAACAUGCCAAGCCCUUGCAACCAAGUCAGGUAUGAUCGUUUCAAGUUCUUGCCAUAAUACUCCAAGCAGAGUACGAGUCUAUGACAGAGAUGGGAAAUCUGGUGAUCCUAUAUCAGCCAAAGAGGGGGAACAUCUCUAUCCUGCAGUAGAUGAGGAAGACAGUGUGUUCAUUGCGAGUGUCAAUCAGCCAGCUGGUAGAAUACAAAUCACCCUCUACCGUCCUGAAGGUUUGAAGCUCAAGAAAGUGAUUGAGUUCGAUGAGCUUGAACUAACACUGAAUAGUUCAUGGUGUUACCUAGUUUCUCUACCCCGUAAUACACUUGCAUUCGCUUGUGGUACAAAGGUGUAUUUUCUUAAAAUUCCACAUGGAACAGUUCCUUUGGCUGCAGAAUAA